AUGCGGGCCGGCGAUGAAAGCGAAACGAGCAUCACGCGGCCGCAAUACCCUGGGGAUGAUACUCGGCCUACCAGCAAAAAGGAACUCGCUGGGUGGUAUAGCUAUGGCUGGGCAGCAGAGGUUUUUACAGUCUGCGCUAUGGGCUCCUUCCUCCCCAUCACCUUAGAGCAAAUGGCUCGCGACCGCGGUGUUCUUUUAUCCGAUAUGGUGACUCCCUGCAGUGCUACCUUGAAUGGUCCAUCGAAGACGUCCACACAAGCCCAGUGGACACUUUCUUCAAGAUAUGAUACCAGCGGGCCAUCUGGGGUAAGCCCGUGUGUCAUCUACAUAUUCGGUGUCGAGAUAAAUACCGCGAGUUUCGCAAUGUAUACCUUCUCGGUGAGUGUCUUCGUCCAAGCUAUCUUGAUCAUAUCCAUGUCAGGCGCUGCAGACCAUGGAAGUCAUCGAAAGCUGCUCCUAGUGGCUUUCGCUGUGAUUGGCUCGGUCUCAACAAUGCUCUUUCUCGGUGUGGUGCCUAAGCUCUAUAUUGUGGGGGGACUGAUUGCGAUAAUUGCAAACACCUGCUUUGGAGCCUCCUUUGUGCUUUUGAAUUCAUUCCUACCCUUGUUAGUACGCCACCAUCCUUCUGUGCUUGGAUGUGUUUGCGAAUCGCCGUCUGCUCUGGAUGAUUCUCGCGCUCAAGAAGGUCAUUCUGAUUUCACAAACAAUAUUGAUCAUGGCAUCGACUCUGACGCCACCUCGCCCCUACUUCAUGCCCAUCGAAGAGACAGCGAAAACGCGACGGACAUGCAUCCUGCAACCACCAUUACAGUUUCCCAAGAGCUGACACUAUCAACUCGGAUAUCUUCUCUUGGCAUUGGAAUUGGCUACAUCGGUGCCGUUAUCCUACAAAUCGUCUGCAUCCUCGUCGUCAUAGCUACCAACCAAACUACCUUCUCCCUGCGCCUCGUACUUUUUCUAAUCGGGCUCUGGUGGUUUCUUUUCACAAUACCUGCCGCGCUCUGGCUGCGACCUCGCCCAGGCCCACCAUUGCCUACCGUUUAUCGAGGGAAGCACACCCGCUCGUGGAUUGGUUACAUGGCUUAUGCUUGGAAGUCGCUUUAUCGGACAGCAGUGCGGACACGUCAUCUCAAAGACAUCUUGCUGUUUCUCGCCGCUUGGUUUCUUCUUAGUGAUGGAAUUGCCACCGUUAGCGGGACCGCGGUACUUUUCGCAAAGACACAACUCAAUAUGCAGCCCGCAGCGUUGGGACUUAUCAAUGUAAUUGCAAUGAUGGCCGGUGUCUUGGGGGCGUUUUCUUGGAGUACUGUUUCGCGAGCAUUCAAUCUGAGCGCGUCACAAACAAUCAUUGCAUGCAUUCUCUUGUUCGAACUAGUGCCUCUCUAUGGCCUUUUGGGGUUUAUUCCAGCAAUUAAGAGCCUCGGGUUUUUGGGCCUCCAGCAGCCGUGGGAGAUGUUCCCGCUGGGAAUUGUGUAUGGGCUUGUCAUGGGCGGGCUAUCCUCUUACUGCCGCAGUUUCUUCGGAGAGUUGAUUCCUCCUGGCAACGAAGCAGCAUUCUAUGCUCUUUAUGCAAUUACUGACAAAGGGUCGAGCAUUUUUGGGCCUGCAAUUGUCGGCAUCAUCACCGAUCGCUACGGCGAAAUUCGACCUGCAUUUGUGUUUCUUGCCGUGUUGAUAUUUCUCCCAUUGCCGCUAAUGCUACUUGUGGAUGUUGAACGAGGGAAGAGAGAUGCGCUUGCGCUUGCUGCAGAAUUGCAGCCAUCAGGCGCUCAAACCUACGGAACGCUUCCCGGACACGAGGACCAUGCGCCGCCAACUGAUACCACUUCCGAUGUCGUCUCUCUCACCAAAGACUCGUUCAAGGAUUUUAUGAAGGAGCAUGACUUGGUGCUGGCCGAGUUCUAUGCGCCCUGGUGCGGCCACUGCAAGGCUCUAGCUCCCAAGUAUGAAGAGGCUGCCACUGAGCUCAAGGGAAAAGAUAUUCCCUUGGUCAAGGUUGAUUGCACUGAGGAAGAGGACUUGUGCAGAGAGAAUGGCGUCGAAGGCUAUCCUACUCUCAAGAUCUUCCGCGGCCCUGAUUCCAGUAAGCCUUACCAGGGAGCUCGCCAGGCUGACUCGAUUGUCUCCUACAUGAUCAAACAGUCCCUCCCCGCCGUCUCGACUGUCACUGAAGAGAACCUCGAGGAGAUCAAGACCAUGGAUAAGAUUGUUGUCAUCGGUUACUUUGCCUCCGACGAUAAGGCUGCUAAUGAUGUGUUCACCUCUUUUGCUGAAUCUCAGAGAGACAAUUACCUCUUUGCCGCGACCGGCGACUCAGCUAUUGCCAAGGCGGAGGGUGUCAAGCAACCCUCAAUUGUACUUUACAAAGACUUUGAUGAGAAAAAGGCUAUCUACGACGGAAAGAUUGACCAGGAAGCGAUCCUCAGCUGGGUGAAAACUGCCAGCACUCCCCUCGUGGGCGAGAUUGGCCCCGAGACCUACUCUGGCUAUAUUACGGCCGGUAUCCCACUCGCGUACAUCUUCGCCGAGACCAAGGAAGAGCGUGAUCAGUACACCGAGGCAUUCAAGCCCAUUGCUGAGAAGCACAAGGGAGCCAUCAACAUCGCCACUAUUGAUGCCAAGAUGUUUGGUGCCCACGCCGGAAACCUUAACCUUGACCCCCAGACAUUCCCCGCUUUCGCUAUCCAGGAUCCUGAGAAGAACGCCAAGUACCCCUACGACCAGUCCAAGGAAAUCAAUGCCAAAGACAUCGCCCAGUUCAUCCAAGAUGUUCUUGAUGGCAAGGUUGAGCCCAGCAUCAAGUCUGAGCCUAUUCCUGAAACCCAAGAAGGACCCGUCACAGUCGUGGUGGCUCACUCCUACCAGGAUCUUGUCAUCAAUAACGAGAAGGAUGUUCUCCUCGAAUUCUACGCCCCGUGGUGUGGACACUGUAAAGCUUUGGCCCCCAAGUACGAUGAGUUAGCGGCUCUCUAUGCUGGUGAUCUUAAAGAUAAGGUCACCAUUGCCAAGAUCGAUGCUACCGCCAACGACGUGCCCGAUUCCAUCACCGGAUUCCCUACCAUCAAACUAUAUCCCGCCGGUGCUAAGGAUUCUCCUGUCGAGUAUUCUGGCUCUCGUACCGUCGAGGAUCUUGCAAACUUCAUCAAGGAGAACGGCAAGUACAACGUCGACGCUCUUGAGGCUCGCUCAGAGAAAGUCGAAGAAGGUGAUGAUGUUAGCGCUUCCCCUUCGGCUACAUCCACCGAGACUGAAGCUCCUGCUGCUACUGGCGACGAGAAGGGCGAUCAUGAUGAACUGUAG